AUAUACGUGUAGUCGGUUAUAUAAAGACGCUAUAUUUUUACAAACUUCAGUCUUUCUUAGAGAACCGAGAAGAGCAGAUUAUUCUUUAGUCUCUUGUGAAAAACAGUUAUUCGAGAGAAAACAGUAUCACAAAACUACUUCGCACAUCUAUCAUGAGCGAAAUAAAGGUACAAGUCACUGAAGGAAAAUUGACCGGUGUCGUUGAGGAUGGCCACAAUGUCCGUUACUGUGCUUUUCGUGGAAUACCAUAUGCCAAGCCUCCGGUUGGCGAACUCAGAUUUAAGGAUCCGGUUCCAGCGGAACCAUGGUCCGGUGAUAGAGACGCCUCGAAGCACGGAAACAUCGCCGUUCAAAUAAAUAUGUUCACACGCGAAAUUGAAGGCGACGAAGAUUGUCUUUACUUAAAUGUGUAUACCACGAAAAUUGAUUCGGAAAAGCGUCCAGUAAUGGUGUGGGUGCACGGUGGUGGUUUUUUCCUAGGUUCCGGCAAUGCAGACUUUUAUGGUCCCGAUUUUAUCGUGAAGAAAGAUGUAGUACUGGUUACUAUAAAUUAUAGAUUAGACGCUCUAGGUUUUUUAAAUCUCAACGAUAAAGUGGCAACGGGUAAUCAAGGUUUGAAGGAUGUGGUCUUAGCGUUAAAAUGGGUUAAAAAGAAUAUAUCGAAUUUUGGUGGAAAUUCAGAAAAUGUUACUAUCUUCGGCGAAAGUGCUGGAGGAGGCAUUGUACAUCUUCUAGCUCUGUCUCCAUAUGCUAAAGGUUUAUUCCACAAAGUUAUCGCACAAAGCGGCGUCGCCACGAAUACUUGGGCCAUAACUGAAUGGACGGACAAAACGAUGAACCCAGGUUUUCAACUUGCCGAGAAACUUGGAAAGACAACAUCAGAUCCAAAGAUUGCGUAUGAGUUUUUAAAAACAAGGGAUGCAAAAGAAGUCAUACAAGGUUCAAGAAUGUUAUUUGACACACGAGCGGAAAGAUUAAGUUUUAAACUGUGCUUCGCACCCAGUUUGGAUUUCGAAUCAUCAGAUCCAUUUUUCCCUGAACAUCCAAAGGAAUAUAUAAGCCGCGGGAUUCAUAUACCCUUCCUUUUAGGAUUUACUCGUAACGAAGGGCUGUUUUUCGUAGAUAGCCUCUUCUUCGGAGGAGGCGUAAGCAAAGAACAUCUAGAAGAAGUAAAUGCUGAUUUUAAAAAAGCAAUAUUACCAGAAAUAUUAUCCACAUUUCCUGAAAUAGGAAUCACUGCUGAGGAAUUGAAAUUGUUAUAUUUUGAAAAAAAUAAAGUGUCAAAGGAAACUCUAAUAAAUUAUGCGAACUUCUUAGGAGACGAAUUUUUCGUGCGCGGUGUGAUGGAUCUACUUCAAAUACAAAAAUCUACUGGUGGUUACAAAUCGACGUAUCUUUAUCAGUUUGAUUAUGAGAACGAUAAUAAUUUGUCGAGGAGAGCAUUGCAGAUUAAACUUCCAGGAGUAUCUCAUACUGAGGAGUUAGCUUAUCUGUUUUACCCAGAAAUUAUAAAAAUGUUUAAUUUAUCGCUACCCGAAUCUGAUUCGGAAUAUUACAAAAUGAUAAAUCAUUUAACGCAAAUGUGGACUGAUUUCGCUACAACAGGGAAACCAACGUCUACAAAUUUAUGGUUACCAUUAACCGGCCCGCAAAACGAAGACUACAAUUAUCUAAACAUUGAUAAAAAUUCAGAAAUGAAAGUAUUUCGUAAAGGACAGGAACGCUGGGAUUGGGAAAAUAAAAAGUAAUAUAUUCUAUCUGUACCAAUAUCUUGUCCGUUAAAAAUAACAAAAUAUAGAGGACAAGGUAUAGGUAUAUAGGUAUAAUCUUAUUAUAUAUUAUAAGUAGGUGUUAAAAAAAUUAUCGUGUUUUAUAGACCUAAUCUUUGCAAAGUACAUUAAAAUUAUGUUCUUUAUAAAGUUAAUAUAAAUAGUAACAAAGAUAUCAAAACAUUUUUAAUACUUUUUGAAUUACAAAUUUAUUGAAAACUAAAUUUACAUUCCGAAUUAAACUAGAGAAAUUAAAUUUUGAAUUCUGGACAAAUUAUUCAUAAGUUCACUAAAGUUCUUUUUAUUUUUAUGUUUGCGGUUAUUUUAAAGUUUAUUAAUAGCUAUGAAAUCAUACUUUUUGAUCAAGAAGUAGAUAUAUAGGUAUAAUCUUAUAUAUAUUAUGUAUCAUAUAUUACGGACAAAACGAUGAACCCGGGUUUUCAACUUGCCGAGAAACUUGGAAAGACUUGUGCGUUAUCGCACAAAGCGGCGUCGCCACGAAUCCUUGGGCCAUAACUGAAUGGACGGACAUAUGUAUACAUAUGUAUAUAUAAAACCCAAAAUUGAUACUCACUGCUCGUGUGGCAAAUAACAUUGUUGAACAUUGUAUGACUUUUUUUGCAUCCUUGGUUUUUAAAAACUCAUAUGCAACCUUUGGAUCUAAUGUUGUCUUUCCAAGUUUCUCGGCAAGUUGAAAACCCGGGUUCAUCGUUUUGUCCGUAAUAUCAUAUUACGGACAAAACGAUGAAAUAAAUUUUCCAGCGAUUAUUAUUAAAAAAUUACUGACAUCAAAGUGGUCAAGGAAUUAAUAAUUUCAAAACAAGCGAUAAAUUUUAUAAUUUUGCUCCUAUAUAGUUGAAAAACCCGGGUUCAUUGUUUUGUCCGUAAAUGGUUUUCAACUUGCCGAGAAACUUGGAAAGACAACAUCAGAU